UACUACGUUUUUUACUUACUUAUUUAAAUUUUAGUGAUAAACUACUUUAUAUAAACUAUUUGUCCGUUGUUUAUUAUAUUUGGCAUAAACUCGUUAAGCACGUGUCGAGCAUCAGCUGUUUGACCACGCCGUUGGUCACGAAACCCUUUUUUAAUUGGUCAUAUCAAAUCAAUGAAUCGUGAUAGUUGAUCAGCUGUUGAUACAUUUUAGAAGAAUCACUUUUUUCCGAGUAUGUUUUGCGAUACAAUUGACAGUAAACGUUUGCAUGGUUAAAUAUGGAACGUACGGAAUAAAAUUUUAAUGUUAUCGAAGUUAUACGAUUUUGUGCAUUUUACAAAAAACUUUGUGAAUCGAAUAUUAGAUAAGGAGGUUAUACUUGCCUAUGUUCGUUUGACAGCACACGAAGGUGAGAUCGGAUGCCAAAUUAAGAUCACAUAAAUAGAUCAAGAGCUAAUGAUAGAUUAUAAUACACUAUAUAUAAGAGAAAACAUUUUCAAAGGAUAAUUCCAUAAUUUUGUAUAGUGGAAGAUGCGAUGCGUAUGAAAUUCUCCAGGAGGUUAGAUAAUCAUCAAUGUUUGACAUUAAAUUUUAAUUUCUUGUAUUUUGUUCAUAAUCUUCAGGAACAUAAUGGGCCAAACACUCAGCGAACCGGUGACAACUAGAAAGUUAAUAUGCUGCAGAGAUUCAAACUAUCGAGUCGGCAGUGCAUGUAUGCAGGGCUGGCGUACUAAAAUGGAGGACUGUCAUGUACACAUAUUAUCACUACCAGAUGAUCCUAGUGCCGCAUUCUUUGCAGUGUACGAUGGUCACGGAGGUGCUGCGAUAGCUCAACAUGCUGGAAAAUAUCUUCACGAGUAUAUAACUAAAAGAAGUGAAUAUAAGGCUGGUAAUAUUGUUCAGGCUGUGCAACAUGGUUUCCUUGAAUUAGACGAAGCUAUGUUGAACGAUACAGUGCUUAGGGAGGAGCAAGCAGGAACCACUGUCAUAGCUCUUCUUAUUAAAGACAAUUUUAUAUAUAGCGCAAAUGCAGGUGAUAGUAGAGCAGUAGCAAGUAUUAAUGGUCAUGCAGUUCCUUUAAGUCGAGAUCAUAAACCUACAUUAAAGGAUGAGCGUGAACGAAUUGAAGCUGCUGGUGGUUGGGUUGAAUUUAACAGAGUUAAUGGUCAGCUUGCCUUAUCUCGUGCUCUUGGAGACUUUAUGUUCAAAAGAAAUGAUCGCAAAUCACCGCAAGAACAAAUUGUGACUGCGUUCCCUGAAAUUCAACAGUUUCAAAUAACAGAAGAUUGGGAAUUUGUUGUUUUGGCAUGCGAUGGUAUCUGGGAUGUAAUGACAUGUAGUGAAGUAGUCAAUUUUGUAAGAACACGUUUAAUGCAAUCCAAAUUGGGAACAGGACAAGAAAAUGACACAAUGGAUCCCGAGGAAAUUUGUGGAGAGCUAGUCAAACAUUGUCUUGCACCAGAUACUUUAAUGGGUACUGGCUGUGACAAUAUGACAGUUAUUAUUGUUUGUUUCCUUCAUGGGAAACCAUAUUCUCAUUUUAUUUCUCGAUUCAAGGAAAUCGAUUGUACAAAUCCUUAGUUAAAUUGCUGAUAUCUCAACCCGAUCAUUUUUAAAUUGACUUAUAUUUUAUUUCACGCCAGGAUAAAAUGAUUGUUUCAUUCAUUAUAAUUAUAAAAUUCUUAAGAGAUUUUCCUAUCUAAAAAAAAGUUGAACAAAUAUAAUUUCCAUCAAACUUAAUACUUUGAGAACGUAUUUAUAAACCAAACAAGUAUAAGAAUAAAUAUAAAAAAUUGAAAUGUUUUAUCAAAAGUAGGAAAAAUAUGUGAAAAGUAAUUACUUUCUUAAUUGUUAAGAUAGGACAAUCUUUUAAAUACCUUCGGGCGUACUGAACUGUUAAUAUUUUAUACACGUAAUUCCGUGAAUUUUAUUUUUAUUAUUAGGGAACUUUGAAAAAAAGAGAAAAUUGAAAAUAAGCUGAAUUAUAAGCUUUUAUUUACAAUUUCGAACAGUGGACCAGAAAUGUCCAAAUAUAAGUUUAAUAACAAUAUUAGUAAAAUGUAGUAGGUUGUUAUUCAAAUUCCACAGCGAUCCUGUAGUGAAGAAACAGCCGCAUUAGCUAGAGAGCUUAUUUUAUCCGCGACCUUGUUCACUCCUUGACGUACACUUUCUCUUACAUCAUCAAAGUCCACAACCCCGGAUCUUCCAUCGCUGAAACGCAUUGACAAAGAAGACGUAGGAGAUGUUGAUGUAGAACUUCCUGUGCCAAAAUAAUCAGCCGAUGAAAUGCUAGAUGAGCCUUCGAAACGACGUAAAUUAGCUUUACGUUCCCACUGCAAUUGAAAUUGUGUGACAUUUAAUCUUAAGUAUAACAUAGAUGUAGAAACAUAAAAUGUUAUUAUUAGAUGAUCGAACUCACAGAACCAUCAUCUUUGCUGUCUUGGAAAUAUUGAUCCGAACUAAUAGCCUUGGCACUACCGAAUUUUCUUUGCGCUUCCGAUUCCGGAGUUGUUGUUUUAUUAUCGUUUUUAAUACUAUUUGGUCGGUUUGAAGGACCUACUCGUUUCGGUGGUUCUGGUUCUGCUAUUACAACAACUUCUUCGCUUCGAGAUUUUUUACUAUUAUUGCUAAUAUAUGGGACUGAUAAGGCCUCGUAAAAUUCAUCUAAACUAAUGAAAAGACUUCGUUCCACAUCAAGAGUUCGCGACUCGGAAGUGGUUACAGUCUUCGACGACGACUCCUGUGUUAUUGUCUGCAUAUCAGCAAGUGCAGAAUGGCUGGCACCACUAUAACGUAUUUAUUAUACAUACUAAUUGUGUUAAUGUUUUGUAUUAAUUUGUUGUUGCAUAGUAUUUCAGUUUUCUUGAAAAGUAUUAAUAGUAGUAAUAAAAAGAAAGUUAUACAUGAA